AUGUUGUUGACACAUUCUGACACUGUCGGAGCCGCAGCCGUUUGUUUGGAUCGCUCUUGGCAUCUUGCAUCCAUCCGCCGUCUGUACGACUCCACGAUGAACACGACGGCCUUCGAUGUCGAGAGUCUCAGCCCAGGCUACCCUCCUGACAGCCCUCCAGUGCCGCGAUUCUUCAAGUCCAAGGAUUCGAAGAUCGUGAAGCCGGUGAAGAGGGAGGAGACGCUCGAGUCCGUCAGCCAAGGCAGUACAGCCGCGAGUCGAGGAUUCUUCGCCAACUACUCGGACGAUGAGAAUUCCGAGCCGGAUUUCGGCUUGAAUGGCAUGAGCUUGCGUGGCACACGCGCGGCCAGACCCGGCGUGGAAUCCCAGUAUUUGGAAGUGAAUCCCGUGCAAGCGCGCUUUCAUGGCGAGAAUGCCAGCUGCGAUGUUGAGUUCUCAGGCGAUGUUUCGGGCUCCGCAGGAGCCAAGCGAUCUCGGUCGAUCUUGGCCAGCAGCUCCCCCGGGCCAGAGCUUCCAGCCGCUCCAGCAGAAUUCGCGGUCCAGAAGGGCAUCAAUCAGGAGUUGCUCGCCGCCUCUGCCACCGAAGACGAGGGUUGUGCUUUGCAGGUCCUCGCCGUUGCCUCCAAGUAUGUGGACCAGAUGAACGGCGUUAACCUGUCGACGGCCAUCCAUCGCAUCGCCCGCGCCUGCCAGCGCUUUAAGAACUCCGCCGACCAGGUCAGAAAGGCGCCAAGCUUCGUGUCCCUCGUCGUGGCGGCCGAGCGCAUGGUCCUACAGGAGCUGGAGCAUCGGGAUUCGCAGAUGCCAGUGAAGUGCUGCACCAUCAUCGCUUGGUCCUGCGCCAGCCUCCGUGUCUUCCGGAAUUCUCUUUUCAAGGCCCUAGCUCGGCUGGCAACAGUGUCCCUCGAGCAGUGCCAGUCCUACGAGAUGACGAAUAUCAUGUGGGCGUUUGGGGAGCUCUGCAAGAGCCGUCGGCAGCUGAGCAAAGAUUUGAAGGAAGACCUCCGCAACCUCUUGGAGGCGACCUGCAGUGUCUUCAUCGCCAGGCCCAUUGGCUGGAAGCUCCAGGUGCUCAUGUCUGCGCUCGUUUCCUUGACCAUCCUCCCUUGGCAGCCCUGCAGCCAGCUCCUCUUCACAGACAUCGCCAAAGAGGUGGCCGGUCGCCAGCAGGAGCUUGCCAAUGAGAAGACGAAGCCACUGGCCAUGGCCUUCCAUGAGCUCCGUACCAAGAAGCCCCAGGCCUUCAAGGAGAUCAUGCUGGCCCUGCAGGACUUCCCCGACUUCGUCGCACACCCCUCGCUGCGGGGCAACCGCACGUGA